UAAGUUAGAUAAGGUAGAGCAUUGUAUAAUCUUAGAAACAUUUACUAUACAAAAGCAAACAUUUAGGAAGAGUCAGAAAUUGUGAUCCUGGAUAUUAUCCCAUAGAUGUUCAGCAAGCUUUGGAAAGAACUAUAGAGUUUUAUGAAGUCUGCUAAUGGCUAGAGAGUUUAAUGACUAGACUGCAUUUAGUAACCUUGGUAAUGCUCAUGUUUUUAUUUGAGAAUUUGAAAUAGCUGUACAAUAUUACUAGUAAGAAAAUUUCAAGCAUAAUUUUUUUUCAGAGAUGUCAAAAAAGACACUUGGUUGCUCAUUUUGCACAGGUAUUUGUUUUAAAAUUUUCCAGUCUCAAUGAUUCCUGAUUGCAAAACUUUUCCUGAGUUUGACGCUUUUUUGAGACCGUACAAGCUGCUACAUAGCUUCCAAUAAUUGUCAGCAUUGUGCAUUUGGUCAGUAAACAAAUGGUCUGCCUAUCUGAAGAAAUCAAUCUACAAAUGUUAAGUUUUUUUCAGGAUCUGCUGCAUAUGUUAUUGAAACACUAUUUGACAUUGAAGUAUGUAAGAAUCAGCUAAUCGAGUGGAUGAUUUCAGAUAAUGCAGAUGUUAUCAGCAUAUUUCUUGUAAAUGUGAAUGGAUUAUUAAGAUGUAACAAUGGGGAAACCUUACUUAAUGUUUCAACAGUUAUAAACUCAUUGGCUGCUUCAUUUGAAAGUCAACUGUGGUUGUUAAGCAGUAUGAAUUUGAUGACACUAUUCAACUUUUAUGUGAUAUGCUUCAGUCAUCUUGUAUGUCUUUAGCACAUAAUGCAUCUCUUGCCAUAGCAAGUGCCCAGUGCUCCUACAAAAUUUUGUGUUCUUUUUUCUACCACAUCAAAAUUGAAACUUAGCUGGGAUGAACCUUUGGAAAAAAAUGGUGUAAUUAUAGGGUAUGAACUCUCUGUUGAAGGAAAACCAAUAAGUAUAUUUUUAAAGACAAAAAGUUAUAUAAUGACACAUCUACAAUCUUCAACUCAGUACAAUUUUGAGAUACGUGUUCUAACUAGUGAAGGAAAAAGAUUAGCAGCUUAUUUGACAGGAACAACAAAUACUCUUGGCACUAGACAUGGUAUAAGGUACCAGCACCAACAUGGUAUAGGGCACAGGCACAGACAUGGUAUAGGGCACAGGCACAGACAUGGUAUAGGGCACAGGCACAAGGCAGGAUUAUUUUGCACCCUCACCUCCUCAAUUACAUGUUCAUUGUAAAACAGAGAUUUUUAUUGAGUGGGAUCCUCCUAAAAAUCUUCUUGGCAGAUUAAAUUAUUAUGAACUUAGAAUGGAUAACAUGGUUUCAGCUUGGAUGAGUGAGGGUAGAUGCGAAAGUUUGCCCAGAACACGUCAAAUCAGCAAGCAAUAUUAAUCCAAGGCAUGGCUGCAUAUAGACAAAAGAAACAUCGUCAUUUUAAACAACAAAAAGAAAUAAAUACUUUCUAUCCAGAGGAAAAUUUAUCUGAAUAUUUAGACACUGCGAUUGAUCCAUCUAUUGAAAUUGAUACUUUGAGUAAUUUAGUAACCUAUCAAUCUGAAGAUACUCAAGUUGAUGUUUCUGAAUUUUCUGAAUUUGAUUCAUCUUCCGAUUUAUCUAUUGAUUCAGAAUAUUAUUCUCAUACAUUUCCAGCUGAUAGUUUUUCAGAUAAUGAACCUUUUCAUCAGCAAUCAACUAAUUUAAUAGAAACCAAUUGCCGUGAAAAAUUACAGAAAUGGACUGUAGACCAUCGAAGCCAUUUGACUGUUGAAACAGUAGAAGAUUUGUUAAAAGUACUAAGGGUAGAAAAUAUUCCUAAUUUACCUAAAUCUGCAGUUACAUUGUUGCAUACAAAGUCAAAUAAAAAUAUAAAAUUAAUGAAUAGCGCAAAAAACACAAUUGGAUAUUUUAUGUUUCUUGGUAUAGAACAAGGCUUAAAUGAUGUUAUUACUGAGGAUUAUACUGAUAAUGUUAUUUGUUUAUUAUUUAAUAUCAAUGGUUUGCCAUUAUUCAAUGGUUCUAAUCAACAAUUUUGGGCUAUCUUAGGACUUAUUUUGCACAAUGAAUAUAAUUCACAACCAUUUAUAAUAGCUGUUUAUAGUGGGGAUUUUAAACCACAAAGUAUAGAUGUUUUUUUAAAAGAUUUUGUCUCUGAAGCAAAAAAUUUAGUUUUAAAUGGAGUAACUAUUGGUCAAGUGACCUUUAAAGUAGAUGUUGUAGGUUUUUAUUGUGACACACUUGCCAGAUCAUUUAUUAAAAAAUGUAAAGGACAUGGUGGUUAUUAUGCAUGUGAACGUUGUGAGACCAGUGGGACGACAAUAAAUAAAAAAAGAGUUGAAAAUAUUAGUGAAUUUUAUACCCAAAGAGUUUCAAAGAAAAAGAUUACUUUAGUAAUACACUUACCUUCAUGAUUCAUGAAAAAAUGAUUUAAAAUACAUUUGUUGACUUUAUAAUUCCAUCAAUUAUUAUUGUAGAAUUAUCAAUUAUUAUUGUAGAAUACUAGAAUGUUCAAUGUAACACACAAUAGAAGUUUGUUAUUUGAAUAUCUAUAUUACGAGUAGCAUUAUAAAUAUAUCUUUAUUUGGAUAGCAUUAUAAAUAUUAGCUUUGAAAUAUUUUAUAUUUAGAUUUUUUUUUCAGAUUUAAUAAAGUUUAUUUUAAUCUGAAAUAAUCAUUAUUCAAAGUAAUUUAAUUCUUCAUUAUUUGGUAAAAGUAAAUUUAAUAUGCUAUUUUUAUAAGGUAUUUCAUUAAUAUGAAUCAUCUGGCAAGUACUACUCAUGUUGUAGUUAAAUUCCUUGAAAAAACAUGGAAAAAAAGCAUGAAAAAGAAUGUAUUGAUGUCAUUCCUAUUUUAUGGGUGUAUUAUGAAAAAGACAAGUUAUUCUGUAAAUACCCAUCUGAAAACGAAUAUCAUGCGCUAGAAAAAAUGAGUAAAAUGUAAUUGAUACCAGGAGUUUUGUGGAAGAGUUUUGAAAUUGUUUUAAUUAAAGAAGCAAAAAGCUAUGAACAAGGAUUGCGACGUAUGAUUAGGGCAUGCUCUGAAUUUGUAGUUCAGAGCAGUAAUUUUGAAGAUUUAAACAGUUCAGAAGAAGAAUCUGCUCCUGUUAAAUUAAGCAACUCUGAGCUUAAAGCAUCUUUAAAAGGUAUCUCUUCGUUUAAAGAGCAUGAGUUCUUUGUUUCCUUUAAAGUAAAGAAAAGGCGAUCGCCAUGUUGUGAUGAAGAAUCUAAUGACUUUUUGUCCUCAUCUCCUAAAAUAAAGACCUAUAAAUGUAACCCAGAGAGAAAAAACCAAAUGAUAAAGACUUCCGGUAUAUCACAUGAAGACUCCAGGAAAAAUUUAAACGAAGACAAAAUAAAUAAAAAAGAUCAUAGUAAAAGAGUCUUUUGUUUCCUUUGAAGUAAAGAAAAAGCGAUCGUCAUGUCGUGAUGAAGAAUCUAAUGAUUCUUUGUCCUCAUCUGCGAAAAUAAAGAAAAUAUUGACCUCUAAAUGUACACUAUUGUAUAAAUUUUAAAAGAUAGAUAAAGCGCGACAGCGCUCAAUUUUUCAAGAAAUAACUAUUUCAAUAUUAGCUGCUAACAAUGGUUUAUAACUAGACAGUCAGUACUGGCAAAGCGUUAUCAUCCCAGAUAAAUGCCAGUGCCGAACCAGUACUGGCUGCCAGUAUUAGACAUUACUGGCGAAGUACUGCGCCUGUUGUGAAUUUUUGAUUUGGCAGUAAUACGCCAUUACCAGAUGCCAGCAAUGGUUAAGUUCUGGACAUCAAGUACUGGCAAAGCGUUAUCAUCCCAGAUAAAUCCCAGUGCCGAACCAGCACUGGCUGCCAGUAUUGCGCCAGUAUUAGACAGUACUGGCGCAGUACUGCGCCUGUUGUGAAUUUUUGCUUGGGAAGCCAGUUUUGAUUUUUUAUCUACUUUUUGUUCGGUUUAAGUUUUUUAUCUACUUCUAACCCAGUUUGUUCUACUGGAGAUUCCUGGUAUCGAAGUAGUUUGAUGUGUUAUUUGAAUAUUCGAUAAUCAAAUUAUUUGAAUAAACAUUUUGUGAAAAGUUCAAUUAAAAUAUUAAAGAUAAUCUUAUAACAUUUUUUAAUUUUGUUGAUUUUUGAGUCGUGCACUUUUUUUGCAAACGAGUUUUUGUGGCAUAAACAUUAGAAAUAAAGUUUUAUGAUGGCUUCCAUAAUCCUUUUUAUGUGAUCAUUUUUAUUAUUGUUAUUAAAAAAGUUCGGAAAUAAGAUAAAAAUUAAAAUUUUAACUUUUUUUUUUUAUUGUAGCUACAUCAUCUUCUAUUUUAAAAAGAAGAAUCUCUCUCAAAAAGUAAUUUGAAUCGCGAUCCAACGAAUUGUUAGUAUGCGACUAUAUGCAACUUGUAAAGUUAAAAAAUUUUAAAUAAAAAUAAAAAU